GUCAAUUCCGCAAUUGCAUCUUGAUUUGUUGGGCGUUAUGGUCGUUUCGAAAUAAAAAACUUCAUGAAGUAGUGGUAGUGGAAGCAAUGGAAGUUGUUACUUUCGUUCGGCAUUACGUUGAGAUGUUGAAUAAUCCUGUUGCAAGAGUCCUUAAUGUGACUAGAUCCAAUCCGAUUCCCAAAUGGAGAUGCCCUGAGCCGGAAGUGAUUAAGCUGAAUUUUGAUGCAUCAGUUAACGUUGCGCUUGGAAGUGUGGGUAUCGGAAUAAUGGCGAGGUCUCAUACGGGAGAAUGCGUAGGUUGGUCGUCACAUUUCCUGUUGCAAAGUCUUGAUCCAACGUCGGCGGAAGCUAAGGCUGCAUAUUAUGCGAUGAUCUUUGCACGAGAGAAAGGUUGGCGGAAAAUUAUUGUUGAAGGUGACUCAAGUACUGUAAUAUCAUCGAUUAAUGGCGCCACAGAAGAUCGAUCAAUGCAUGGGGCUAUCAUUGCAGAUAUUCUUGUUGCUAAGGGCUGGUUUGAUGGGUUCUCUGCUAGGCAUAUUAAUAGAAAAGGGAAUCAAGUUGCACAUGAAGUAGCUCGACUUUCACUUAAGGGUCCAAAUCUUUUGCCGAAUCUCCCUUUGGUGAUUCAAAAUAUUGUAAACUUUGAAGCUGAAGAUUAAUAUAGUCCAAUGUUUUAUCUCAAAAAAAAAAA